GCGGGUCAGAGAUGACGUACACAGCUGCGCUAGAAAAGGUAGUCUCGGGGUGUGUCUCUCAAGGGUGAAGGUGUUGUGCGACAUUAAAGGAGUUGUUUGGAGGGCGACUGUUAAAGAAGAGUAACACUGAGAGCGUGCAAACUCCACAAACAUGGAUUUAACUCGGUUACUGUCCCUGCUUUUGAUUUUCUGCUGCUUUUCUGCCUCAUAUGCCAAAGUUGAAAACCGGGGAUUCUUUGGGGUUAAGGAUCCUGUAAACUCAGACCAAGUUAUUGUGGACCAGCAAACAAUUGAUACACUGAAGAGUAAUCUCACCACAGUCUUCAUCCCUAUCCUCUACAUCAUUGUGUUUGCCGUGGGACUUCCGGCCAAUGGCAUGGCCAUCUGGGUGUUCCUAUUUAGGAUGAAGAAGAAGCACCCGUCCUCCAUCUACAUGGCCAACUUAGCUCUGGCUGACCUGCUCUUUGUCAUUUGGACACCUCUAAAAAUCUCCUACCAUUUUAACGGCAACAACUGGAUCUACGGGGAGGUGCUGUGCAAAGUCUUUGUGAGCUUCUUUUAUGGAAACAUGUACUGCUCCGUCCUUUUCAUCGCCUGCCUCAGUGUGCAGAGGUACUGGGUGGUGGCUCAUCCUCUGUCCCAGCAGAGGAAGAACAACAAAGUGGCGAUCGGUGUCUGCUUGGCCAUCUGGGCUUUCAUCUGGAUCACCAGCACACCUCUGUACCUGUACGACCACACCGCCAGACUCAAAGAUCCCAACAUCACCACCUGCCACGAUGUCAACAUCAUCAAGGACCCUCUCAACCCAUUCCCCUCUGUGCAGCUGCCUUACUACUACUUCAUCGUCAUGGGAUUGGUGGUGUUCCUCGUCCCUUGUAUAGUGAUUGUCGUGGCGUAUGUUCUGCUUCUCCGGGCUCUGGGGAACAGCAUGGAGGCCAGCACAGCAGCAAAGAACCGUCACAGAGCCGUUGUGUUGAUCGUGACCGUGCUGUUUACUUUCCUAGUGUGCUUCAUCCCCAGUAACAUCAUGCUGGUGGUGCACUACUCUCUCCUGAAGGAUGGAGUGAUUAAUAACGGUUACAGUUUCUACAUCUCCACAUUAUGCCUGGCCAGCCUGAACAGCUGCCUGGACCCGUUUAUCUACUACUUUGUGUCCGAGGACUUUAGGAACCAUGUGAAGAACACUCUUCUGUGCAGGAGCAGCCGGACGGUGGAGAGGAUGAGGGUUUCAUUCAGUUCCAUGAAAUACUCCAGGAAGAGCAAGUCGUACAUGUCAGAGAGUGGGAACACACAGAGCAGCUCCUGUUAGAGGUACACACAACACACUACACACAACAAAAGAAAGACUAAAGGGAUAUCAAGCCUGUGUUUAUACACUGACAACAUGGUGUCACACAGAACUUGUGGCGCAUGGGAUGUAAAAAGGUGUGUAAUUAAUGCUGGUCUGUCAUAACCAGGUUACCUCAACACAACAGAUAACCAAAGAUGAAAUAUAAAUGUGAAAAUGACUGGGACGAGAACGGAGGACUUUUAAAGAUGUAAAAUACUUCAUUAUGAACUGUUGUUAAGUGUUCAAAUGUGAAACAUGGAUGCAUAUUUUUAUUUGUAUAUACAUACAUGGAGAGAUAGCCUGUUAAAGACUGAUAUUAAGUAAUCUUGGCCACACAAAAUAUUUGCCAGGAAUUUGAAUGACCAGUUCACUGCACUGAAGACCAUUUUAAAGAUUAUAUUCAUUAAGGAUUGAUUAAAGAUUGAUCUUGAUUAAUCAAAUAGGGAAAAGAUGUCUAUUGCAUUUUUCUCAAAGUCCAAGGUAAUGUGUCAGUUUAAUAUCCUAUAAAAUGAAGGAAAGUAGAACAUUUUUAUGUUUAAAAGAAAGCAACAUCUGUAGUAAAAGAACCAAAUUGACUGGUUAUGUUCAGAGGAAUAGAGCAACAGAGAAUAUCAAGUUAAGCGUUUCUUAGUUAAUAUUCAUUUCAAAAUGUUAUUUUAUUUUGCCAAUUCAACAGCCAACAUGCAGCCAACCUUUUUAUGUAUUUAAGUGUUGAUUUAAUUUUUGAGUUUGGUGUUACUGUUACAGAGUUUCUUCAAUAAAUAAUAAAACAACCAAA